AUGCACCACCGCGUCAUGGGCACGCUCUCUAUCGUAGCGGUGACCUACUUCUUCGGCUGUGGUGGUCCUGUGGGCUCGGAGCCUAUUAUCUCCUCUGCCGGCCCCGGAAUCGGCCUUCCGGCCUUGUUGCUGUAUCCUCUCCUCGUGACGGGGCCGUACGCCUUCAUUGUAGCAGAGUUGUGUUGUGCUUUCCCAGAAGACGGGGGCUUCACGGUGUGGGUUGUCAACGCAUGGGGUCCGUUCUGGGGCUUCCAGGUUGGCUGGUGGUCCUUCGUAUCUGGUGUUUUCAAUACGGCGUUGCUGCCGGGCUUCUUGUUGGAGAUCUUAAACGACUACUACGGUGUCUCCAUCUCAUCGGGUGUCACUUCGUACGCCAUCAAACUGGCACUUGCUAUUCUGCUCACUUUCCCCUGUCUGAUUGGAACGCGAGUCGUGUCUCGCACUUGUGUGAUGUUGCUGGGUUGUGUGCUGAUCCCCGUUCUAGUAUUCACUGGUUGGGGGUACUCUCGAGCCCGUGACUUCGGAGACCUCUUCGAGGUUCGACACGAGACCAACAUCAUCCAUGAACACUUGGGCGACGACGAACAAGUUGGUGACGUGGAAAUUAAAAGGGCCUUGCUGUUAAACACCUUGUUCUGGGCGUUCGACGGCAUCAACAUGGCUUCCGUUUUCGGCGGCGAGGUGUCCAACCCGGCACGCGUCUAUCCGCGAGCCAUCGCGUACACCGUCGUGUUGACUCUGUUGACCUACCUAGUUCCUAUUCCAGCCGCCAUCCUCGUAGAUGACCCCAACUGGACCUACUUCACACGUGACUCGUAUCCUGCGCUCGCCGAUGCUAUCGGAGGCCCCAUACUCAAGGCGUUCUUCGUUUUUUCGUCGUGCUGUUCAGUUGUCGGGUUGUUCAUCUCGGGUAUUUUCUGCAAGUCGUUCCAGUUAUCUGGUAUGAGCGACGUGCAGCUUCUACCUCACUUCUUCGCAUGGCGUAGUAGCCAUUUCAACGCUCCGUACGUGUCUAUCGGCGUCACGGCGCUCUUCACGAUGGCGCUGCUGGGUGUAGACUAUGACGCGUUGUUACCAAUGGCCAAUGCCUUUGCUGGGGCGGUCCAGCUCCUGAUUAUCCUCGCAGCUAUUCGGCUCCGUCAACUGCUUCCGUACAUCCCACGACCUGUUCGCGUCCCUGGUGGCACGCGUAUGCUCGCCGCGUUGGCUGGACUACCGACGAUCGUGCUCUGCUACAUUGUGUUCGACACGUUCCGUAGCAUGACGUCCGCUUUAAUUCUCUUGGCGUUCCUACUGCCAGGUGUAGCGUACGGCCUCUACGAGCGACGCCAUAACCAGGUGCCGCGUAACCAUAUCGGAGAACGACUCUGA